UAGAAUUGUUAAUCUGUAUUCGGCUUGUUUUGAAGGACUGCGUUAAGGAAGUUGUGUCACAAUUUGCGUUUCAAGUUAUAUUAUAAUGCCUGAUUAGUAUUAAUAUAACAAAAGAAACUCUUUUAAUUCUAACGACUAUUUAGAAUCAAACUUCAUAUACCCUAUGUCAAAAUCUAGUUCUAAAUCGUUGAUUCUUAGAAAGCUGUAGACAGUAUACCAUCAAAAUUUACUCUUUAAAACAUGGAAUCUUCUAAACAUCUAGACGAGGAUUCAGUGGAAUAUUGGAGAGAACAAGCAAAACACUACGAACAGAAGGCAAGAGAAAUACAACAGGAAUUAGAUGAAUACACAGAAAAUUCGGCUCAGCUUGAAAAAGAAUUAGAAACAUCAUUAGAACAAGUCGAAAAACAAAAUAGAGAUUUGGAGCAAAAGAAUGAAAGGCUUCUGAAUAAAAUUGAUGACCUUAAGACCAAACUAGACAGAAGUCAACAUGAAACAAGUGCAUUGGAGAACGAAUUAAAAGCUCUCAACAUAGAAAAGGAAAAACAAGCAAUAUAUAUAAGAGAGCUAGAACAAAAAAAUGAUGAUUUGGAGAGAGGUCAAAGAAUCAUAUCGGAAUCAGUAUCUUGUAUAGAAACCUUAUUAAAUCAAGCAUAUGAACGCAAUGCCGUUUUGGAAAGUGAAGUUGAUGAAAUGGAGACUUUGAGGGUGAAACUGCAGAGAGCAACAGAUGAGGCCAGAGAUCUCAAACAAGAAUUAAAAGUAAUAGAAAAAAUCCCAAUAUUAAAAAAAGAAGACUCCAGUACAAAUGAAAAUAUAUGUAAUGGCCACUCAACCAGGUCACAAGUUGAAAUUGAAACACAAACUUCUAUAACAUCACCAAGGCGUGAAGUUAAUGGAAAUGCAAUGACACCAUCUUCCCGAGUAUCUGCUAUAAACAUAGUCGGAGACCUGCUUCGGAAAGUAGGGGCUUUGGAAUCAAAGUUAGCGUCGUGUCGUGGUACAGUUAGACCUAAAGAGCACUCACCAAAUCCAACCUCCGACGUGAAUAAGGACUACAGGUGUGUACUCAAGAACUAAGACUAGCCGACAGUCAUACCGCGACUCUCGUUAGCUUUUAUAGUAAACACAUACUUAAACGAAAACAACAUUGCUUCAUGUCCAUUUAAUCUCCACGUAUAUCAUCUAAUGUACUGUGAUCGGAAUCACAUUUUCCUAAUAUUACUAAUAUCUGUGAUGAAAAGAGGAUAGUUUAGGAAAAACUUAAUGAUUUUGGCCUACCCACCGGAGACGAAGUGACACGGCACACACUGCCUUUCACCAUGCACUGCGUUUCUCUUAGAUUACGAAAAAUUGGAUUUAACGCAUAACAGACAUUAAUGAAAUACCAACCUAUAAAAUGUUACGUCUCGAGUCUCACGAUAGGCUUAAUAAUGCUAUACCCGACAAUGAGUGGUUUGAUUUAAUAAAAAUAACAGUCUGAACGAACAAACAAUUUUCGAUGUAGGUGAAGCCCAUAAAUUAAAAUUUUUCGUAUUUAUCAUUACCA